CUUUCUUGGCCGGCAACCUAUGACUUUUUUUACCGUCACUGCAUUUAAUCAACGUAGUGGUUUUCAUCUAAAUAAAAAUUUUGCUUGUUUUGUUGUUGCAGUUGCAUCAACACGUAACUCUAAUUUCUGUGAAUGAUUGGAUUAGUUUAGAUUUUUUUAUCAAAUCCUAAGGUAGUAUAAUCAAAUCUUCAAGAGCUUUUAAAGUCUACGAAUGAUUUCAAUGGUGGGCCCAAUUAGAUGUUGAGAUUAAAAAUAUAAGAGAUCAGAACUUGCUUUGUACGAUAAUUGGGCUUGUGGGCUUGCUCUUCUACUAAAUCGGCAACCCAUGUUGGGAUAUUACACUAUGGAACUAAAUGCACCCCAAGUGUUUAUACACUCUUAGCAAGCUUUUGGAUAUGCAUACUUAUUAUACUAACCGGGUUUAUUGUUAUGUUUCAUGGAAUCCCUUGGAUUUCUCAAUGUCUUAGGAUUGGCUUUUACAUUAACUUACCAUAUAUUGCAAAGCGUUUUGGCUGUUGCGAUGUCUUAUGCAAAAUUAGCUGGGCUUGAAGCGAUUUAUGGAUUAUACUCUGGUUUUGUGCCAAUAUUUGUGUAUGCCAUAUUUGGGUCAUCUCGCCAGCUAGCAAUUGGUCCAGUAGCUUUGGUUUCUCUCUUGGUCUCUAAUGUCUUAGCUGGAAUUGCUGAUUCAUCCGAUGAGUUAUACACAGAACUUGCAAUAUUAUUGGCUCUCAUGGUUGGAGUAUGUGAAUGCAUUAUGGGAUUGUUGAGGCUUGGAUGGCUUUUACGUUUCAUUAGUCAUGCUGUGAUCUCUGGCUUUACAACUGCUUCGGCCAUUGUGAUUGCUUUAUCUCAAGCAAAGUAUUUCUUGGGUUAUAGUAUUGUACGUAGCAGUAAGAUUGUGCCACUGAUUAAGAGCAUAAUUGCUGGAGCAGAUAAGUUUUCAUGGCCCCCUUUUGUAAUGGGAUCUAUCAUCCUUGCAAUACUUCUGAUCAUGAAGCACUUGGGAAAAACAAGGAAGUACUUGAGGUUUCUGCGAGCAGCAGGUCCCCUCACAGCAGUCGUCUUGGGGACAACUUUUGUGAAAAUAUAUCAUCCAUCUUCCAUUUCUUUGGUAGGAGAGAUACCACAAGGCCUCCCAAAGUUUUCAGUUCCUAAAGAAUUUGGUUAUAUAACGUCUUUGAUUCCAACUGCACUUCUCAUAACUGGGGUAGCUAUAUUGGAAUCUGUAGGGAUUGCAAAAGCACUGGCUGCAAAGAAUGGGUAUGAAUUGGACUCGAACCAAGAGUUGUUUGGCCUUGGUGUAGCUAAUAUUAUGGGCUCAUUCUUUUCAGCAUAUCCCACAACAGGCUCCUUUUCUAGGUCAGCUGUGAAUCAUGAAAGUGGAGCAAAAACUGGCUUAUCAGGAAUUAUAACAGGAAUCAUAAUGGGCUGUGCUCUUUUAUUCUUGACCCGAUUGUUUGAAUACAUACCCCAGUGUGCUCUGGCUGCAAUAGUAAUCUCUGCUGUAAUGGGUCUGGUGGAUUAUGAAGAGGCUAUUUUUUUAUGGGGUGUAGAUAAGAGAGAUUUUCUUCUAUGGACAAUUACUAGUGUUACAACUUUGUUCCUUGGUAUUGAGAUUGGUGUCCUUGUUGGGGUAGGUGCUUCACUUGCCUUUGUCAUCCAUGAAUCAGCAAAUCCUCAUAUUGCUGUAUUGGGACGUCUUCCAGGCACCACUGUGUAUAGAAACAUUCAACAAUACCCGGAAGCAUAUACUUACCAUGGAAUUGUGAUCGUUCGUGUUGAUGCACCUAUCUAUUUUGCAAAUACAAGUUACAUAAAAGACAGGCUACGAGAAUAUGAACUUGAGGUUGAUAAAUCUUCAAGACGUGGACCAGAAGUUGAAAGAAUCUACUUUGUGAUCUUAGAGAUGGCACCUGUUACUUACAUAGAUUCCAGUGCUGCUCAAGCUUUGAAAGAAUUGCAUCAAGAAUAUAAAGCACGGGACAUUCAGAUUGCCAUAUCCAAUCCGAAUAGAGAGGUUCUGAUGACAUUGUCGAAAUCUGGUCUUGUGGAUCUGAUUGGUAAAGAAUGGUACUUUGUGAGAGUCCAUGAUGCAGUCCAAGUUUGCCUUCAGCAUGUGCAGAGCUUAAAAGAGACUUCGAAAUUGGCAGAUCCGUUACCUGAUGAUAAACGGAGUUUCUUCCAGAGGUUAUUGAUACGUACAGGCCAGGAUUUAUCGAUUUCUGAACUGGAGUCAGGUAGUGCAAGCUCUUCUGAUUCCAAGAACACAGACCCUCAACGGGAGCCAUUGUUACAUCGCAAAUAGAGAAAUUGCUUCUCAGUGUUCCUUAUUGGAUCUAAUGAUGCCAAAUUUUUUGCUUGGCAAUCCACGCCUAGCUAUUAAAAUUUGAUUGUUUAUUGUAAAUAGAAUCCAUUGUUGUAAAAUUGAAUGCCAUUAGAACUUUGAUUUCUUGUAUGUAAUGUAUUGAAUGGCUCAUGUUAUCAGUUCAUAAAUACUAUACCACCAUUUUUUAGUACUGUAAAGCCAAGGUUUGUAUUGUUUCAUCAAGUCUUGGAGGCUGAUAAUAAUAGUACCUUUUCUUUAUCAGGGGAUAAA